CUCUCUCAAACUUUGCUCACCGGACUGUUUUGCUUCUCGGAGCGAAAUGAAUCUGCCUCAAACUGUGAACGUGGUGGAGGCGCUGCAGGAGUUCUGGCAGAUGAAGCAGGCGCGCGGCGCCGACCUGCGCAACGGCGCGCUCGUCAUCUACGAGUCGGUGCCCGCCUCCAGCCCGCCCUACGUCUGCUACGUCACGCUGCCCGGCGGCUCCUGCUUCGGAAGCUUCCAGAACUGCCCGACGAAAGCGGAGGCGCGGCGCAGCGCGGCCAAGAUCGCGCUCAUGAACUCCGUGUUCAACGAGCACCCAUCGCGCCGCAUCUCCGACGACUUCAUCGAGAAGGCGGUCGCGGAGGCGCGCGCCUCCUUCAAGGGUGACCCAGAGGAGGCGGACAACCCCAACACUGGCAUCGGCGCCUUCCGGUUCAUGCUGGAGACGAACAAGGGGCGCACAAUGCUGGAGUUCCAGGAGCUGAUGACAGUGUUCCAGCUGCUGCACUGGAACGGCUCGCUGAAGGCGAUGCGCGAGCGGCAGUGCUCGCGGCAGGAGGUGGUGGCGCACUACUCGAACCGCGCGCUGGACGACGACAUGCGUUCGCAGAUGGCGCUGGACUGGAUCGCGCGCGAGCAGGAGAACGCGGGCGCGCUGAGCCGCGAGCUGCGGCAGGCCGAGCGCGAGCUGGACGCGGCGCGCCUCGCCGGCCGCGAGCUGCGCUUCCCCAAGGAGAAGAAGGACAUCCUGAUGCUGGCGCACUCGCAGGCCGGCGCCGGCUCGCUGCACAGCUAGGCCGACCGCCGCCCCCACCCCACCCCGCCCUGCACUGCCCGCCGCGUCGUCUGCGCAGCUCCCGCCCUCGACAGCUUCGAUCCGCACAGUAACAAUCGUACCUUCUUCCGAAACAAUCGAGUGCUCUUCAUUACUUAUGCAGUGGCUCCAUUCUUUAGUUUUUUUGGAUCUCAUCUUCAUAUCUUCUGGCUACGGUUGUUUGGAUGACCUAUCCUUCUCCUCUGGCUACCAUACCUAACUCACUGGAUGUCCUCUUCAUGUUCUCUAGCUACCAUAUCUCAUUGUUUGUAUAUCCUCUCCGUAAGCUCUGGACACCAUACCUGAAUCAUGUUUGGAUGCUUGUAUCCUCUGGCUACCGUACCAAAGUCAUUGUCUACAUGCCUCUCCAUACAUUCCAGCGAGCCGCUCCAUACACUCCAGCAGUCAUAUGUAACUCAUAGUUUGGAUAUCCUCUCCAUAUCCUCUGGCUACCCAUACUUCGUUGUUUGUAUGUCCCCUCCAUAUCCUCUGCCUACCAUACAUAGCUCAUUGUUUGUACGUCCAGUCCUUAUCCUCUAACAUACUUCACUUAUUAUUUGGAUGUCCUCUCUAUAUCUUUGGGCUACCACACCUAACCCUUCGUCUGGACGUCCAUAUCGUCUGGCUGCCAUACCUAACUCAUUGUUUGAAUGUCCUCUCCAAACCCUCUGCCGACCAUACUUCACUCUUCGUUUGGAUGUGCACUCCAUAUUCUCUCCCUAACAUACCUAAUGUGACGCUUCCACGGACCAGUCUUCAUUGCCACCUCAUCACACUCCUUGGGCUCAACGAACCAAAUCAAGAAAGACAAUCACCACCGUCAGUCUCACUUUUUAUGUUUAUUCGGAUUACUGGUUCACUUUUUGUUACAUGCCAUUUUAAGAUUCGUAUCUAACUGAUGUGCAUUACAGCUCCUCAGAAAGGUGACCAUUGUGUUUCAAAAUAAAUAAAUAAAUAAAAGAAGAAGAAAAGGAAUAAACAUAAGAAGUGAACCAGACAAAGUUCGUCUUUCUUCAUUAUACUGAAAGUGUCUAUGGUGCCAUCAUAUAUCAUGUCUACGAUUAUUUUCAACCAGAAUAAAACAGUGGACUCUGCACGGCAGCCUCUUAUGACGUGGCGAAGUCAACGUUCACGUUUCUAAUUUCAGUUUCGUAAGUGUCGUGUAACUUGACUCAUAUGCUGUUUAGAAGACACUGGGUGUAGCCCAAGCAACUAAACUGUCUGUCCGGUGAUGAGAACAGUAUGGUUCUGUGCUCGUUUUUUCAACAGUUGAGAUAACUUAUUGACACAUAAACAACAAAUAAAAUAUGUCCACAAAUAUAGCUUUCUACAGUUUACACUAUUAUUACACAAGAAUACAGCUUAUUUUACGCAACCUAGGUUUAGAGUUACGUGCCGAUUUCCUAGUGUUACUGUUUCGCAUAUGUCAUUCAUAUCUUCUGAUGUGUUGUUGAAUAAAGAAUCUAUAGCAACCAUAGAAAUUAAGAGACCACGUGAACUACAUGGAGAUUUCACACCAUUGAAAUCUACCCGUCAAUGUCUCAAAUCAUCGUUUAAUUUUUCUGGUGUACACUGUAAGACAUCUACAUACUACUUUCUUUCUCUUGUUGUUAUAGGCUAUCUUGCUUCAUAAUAUAUCAAAACAUACGAAUACCAACUAUGAAACAGGAACGGAGUUCCAACCCAAAAUCUACAGCGUGUAAAAUAUGUUGUCUUGUAUAAUAAUUACUGUAUUUGACUAAGAACCAGUAAUAAAGUUAACAGAAAUGAAUAUUGCAUUCUCAGCUGCAAGGAUGGAUUGCAUAAAAAUAAAGAACAUAAAUACUCUGGGAAUAUUGCACCUCAGAUAGUUCCACAAUACACUGUUUUACUUCAAGGCAGAUAGUUUCUUUGACCGAACUGUGCAUCCUCGUCACAAGCAAUGUAUAUAGGAUGUAUUUUUCUUGAAAUGGAGGUGCGUCCAUCCUCUUGAAGACCAUAAGCAUCCAAACGCAGUCCACUAAGAAUACAUGUGUUGUCAAUCCAAAGGCACAGUUUGUUGGAUGGAGCCACCAUUCUUGAAAUCUGAUACCACUCGCAUCGCAUUCAGGUACUCCUGACGGAAUUGUAUUCGUGUCAGUCUUUUAUCAGUGAAAGCGAAGAUUCCUCUGGGUCUAGAAGAGGGAUUUAUUCCGUAUUAGAUAAUAAUCUAUCCACUGAAAAACUGACAUUAAUGCGUGUUAUACAAUACUCUGCUAUUUUGUAGCACAGUUUCGUAUUCAGCAAACAAGUACUUAGUGUUAUCCUGCUGCUUGCAGAGACUUGGCUAAAUAAUAAAACUUGCAUGCAACAUUUGUAACGAGAUGACAGGAGAGAGUUGAAUUUUACUCUUAAUUUGGACAGCUUUGUGUACGGAGCCAUGACAGAAACGAAAAAAUUACCUGAAGAGCUCGAUAUUUCAGGUACACAAACGCUCAGUUAUUUUGUCGCCCUGUUCAGGGUGAAAAAUAAUAUUGUGUUCUCCACAAUUAAUAAAAAGAAAUGAUCCAUUCGGAGUUAGAGCGCGUAAGAAGAGACUUCCAUUCCAUUUUAAGUUCUUUCAGACUGUUGUUCCUACUAUUCUAGGAAUUUGCAGCAAUAUCUGCCGUUCGAAACGUAUCAUUCCGCGUUACUUCUAGCACCUCAGCAAACAUAAAUCUGUGUUCUCUUUAGGUGUCGCAUCAGAAAAUACAGUUAAAAGCCCUUCUCAUUACGUAUCUCGCCUGGUCUGCAAACUCCUUAUAAGGAUGAAGAAAGAGUGCACAUUGUAAAAUGAAGAAGAAAGUACAGACCGAAUUGCGAGACCAACCACGAUAUUUACGAACGGAUGUGAUCAGGCUGAACUAAUAUUUAUUCGCUGGGGACUGGAAGUAAUGCGCAGCCUUCUGCUACUCUCGUGUCCGGCGGCAGUGCAGUGACGAAACUAAGGCACCUCCUGCCAUCUACCGAUAUGCCUAACUUCACAGGAUCAUCGUGUGGUGCAAUACACGCUUAACAAAACUAAAAAGGUUAAUGAAUUAUUUUGUACUUAUUAAUGAUCUCAUUCAGUUUAUGAUUGAUUCUUUUUUGUAAUUAAAUUUGUCGAUUGCUUCGUUAAGGAAAAGAAAUAUCUCUGAUGUCUUUCUGGUCGCUUAAAAAUUAACCUGAAAUAUGAUGCCUUAAAGGGGAGUCGAAUACUGUACUUUGCGCAGAAACUUUGACUUCAGCCGUUCGUGGUGUAGAGUGUAGACUGUUCAGCUCGCUUGUUCAGUGGACAUCGACGACGAGGAAAUGGUAUCACCAUCAGCCGUUCUUCUACUCUUUGACAGUCACGACACGAGAUGCCAAUGUAUUGUUCUCCGUCAGUGUUCAUACUUGCUUCCGUUUUACAUGAGUCGGAGAAGCUUGUAUCAUUUUACGAAAUAGGUAUUAUGCACGGUUUUGUCCCAGUGAUUGUUUUCAUAUGAUACAAUAACUUAGUUACUUGCCUGAUAGAGUGGGAAUCCUGAUAUACUGGUCUAUUGCGUGUCUAGCAACUCAUGGGGACCUACAGUCGUAUAAAGAGGGAGUAGAACUAUCGUAAAAUCUUCGCCAUCGGCCUACAACGUGCAAGGGGAAUUUCACAACAUGACAUUGUUAUCUUAAAGGUACGAGAGGGAGCUGCCUAAACCAUCAACAUAUUUGAUUUUGAGAUCAAGUCAGGAUUCUAUCACACCAUAAAGUGACUGAAUGUUCAUCGCACUUUCCCGUAAACAUGGCGUGUCGUACAGCUGGAUGCGGUGAACAUUUCAUGCCUGUGGAUGACGGACUAUCCAGUAUGAGGCAUAAUUCAGUCACUUUCAAAGUCAGAUAAACUUCCGACUGGAGAGUCAGGUGAUAUAUUUACAUCAGAUGAUAUAUUUACUUCAUAAUAAUCGAAAUCUAUCUCUUUAAGAAAUCGUCAGUCAACAAUGAGGAAGGAGGGCGAAAUCUGGCAUCGGUCUUCAACUGCAAGGGAGUGAGGACGUAUAUUCUUUAAGUUGUCGUAGGCGAGAUUAUAGAACUUCUGUAGUUUGCAGAAUGUUUCUGAAAGAGGAAUAAAUGAUUACAACAAAAGACGAGCAGGUAUACACGGAAAUAAGGCCAAGAUAAGUCGUGUUGUGCAAGAAUUCACUAAGAAAAUAGAAAUAUCAAAUAUUUAUAUGCGAAGGAAAAUAGAAAUAAACUUCAAGAAGAUUUAGUUUUCUAUCGAGACAAUGCUAAACUGAAUCUCCCUUACAUCUAAAAGUCAGAUGCUUGACUGAGUUUCAUUCGAAAUUUUUAAUACCGAAGGUAAAACUCCACGUUCUUGCCCCUACAUGCCAGUUUGAUUCUGUCGCGAUGGCUGGCUACAGAAAUCACUGACGAAUAACUCGACCACUCAAGAGUACAAGAUCUUCGUAACAGAUACAGUAGUCUUUCUGCACACAAUAAAACAGUGAGAUGUUAUUGGAGGAAAAGGAAGGAUGAGCUAUUUUCUGGAACGCUCUUGGCAUGAGGGACGAGGCGUGUUCGGUGGGAAAUCGGUGAGGACUGAGCUGCCAAAUGCGGAUACGAGGUGUGGGCGCACACUCCCCACAUUCUCGGGGCCGCGCCUUGCUUUGCAUUACCUCCACCUUGCUGUCCGCCAUUUAAUUACGCCUGCAUGCUGCCAAGCCAGCCUGCAAAACCGCGCCUUCCUCGCGAGAACGUGCUCCACAUUCCUGAUGCAGCGAGGUCCUUCCCCGAGACUCAUUACGUCGUGCAACAGUGACUGAACGCUCGUCGAUCUUUCCCGUACAAACUGACGUGUGGGGGGUGGGUAGUGGGUGGAAGCGUUGAACAUUACAGCCCAGUGGAUGAUGGACUCUCCAAAAUAAUUCCGACACUCUCAAAGUCAGGUAAACUUCCUGAUGGAGAUACUCUCAUCUUCCGGAAUUACACGAUACAUCUACAUCACAAUCAUGUUAAUUUAUCUCUUUAAGAAAUCUUCGGCCAAUAAGGAGAGAGCGGUGCAAACUCCCGCAUCGGUCUUCAACUACAAGGGGGUUUUGGAACGUAACUGAUAUAUCAAAGAUGUCUUAGGGUUUCAGGUGAAGAACCUAGAACAGAUAAUACGUUUUUAUUUUUGAGAUUAUGCCGAGGUUCUGUCUUUUGUACGAGACAGUCAGUGGCCUGAAUGACUGGGCUACUCCGUAAAUAAAGACGGGGCCAAAACCAAGUAGCUCAGAAGAUAUCAUAGUUCAAUAGUCCCAAGAAGAGUACUAUUUUCCCAUACUACUUACACUGAAAUAGGGGCCAACACCAUUACUUUUGGAAGCUCAGAGGAAACUUAAUUUGGAAACUGACCUGUCGCCGUUGAAAUUAUUCCACAGAUGAUAUUAAUUUGUUGGAUUUAAUACUGUCUGAAUGUAAAUGUAGUUAUAUGCGAGUGCAGGCUUUCUCGGCGAAUUUUAUAUAUGAAGUCUUCACGGGUUGUCAGCCGAGUAGCAUCGACGUCUCGUAGUAACGUUUCGAUGGAAGGCGUCUCCAUCAUCUUCAGGCGAAGAUGAUGGAGACGCAUUCCAUCUAAACGUUGCUACGAGACGACGAUGCUACUCGGCUGACAACCCGUGAAGACUUCAUGUAUGUAAAUGUUGUUAUCACAAGACUCUGAAUCUGCUUCACAAGCAUAACGCAUUAUUAAAGUUAGUGCCACUUUAAUGCAAGGAUUAGUAGUUUACGUUCGUUCCCGACUGUAGAAGGGGACUCUAGUGUUCUACUGUGCCACUAGACAGUUGGUCAAGUUCAUCCUGGAAGGUCAAAAAUUUAAGUAGAUGGUAAACAAAGGCAAUGCAGUCAAUACUGUUCUGCCUUUAGUUCAAAGUACUGGAAACUACGGAAUCCUACUUCCACCGUUAAGAAGUCUGUCUUCAGAUUUAUCUUCAGAGAUAAUAGUCUAACAGAACAGCAACUGCUAUGUCGUCUUAGUGCGCGAGGAAGGAAGAUAUUUAGAUCCGCUAAAACGGAAGUAUGAAUCAGCAAUGUGAUAUGCUAGCAUCGUUAGAAGGAAACAGUCCAGAUAAUGAAGCACAAAAGCGUUGAGUUGUUUGACGAAUUAACUCGAGAAAAUUGCGGCAUAGAUUAAUGAUCAAGUCGGGUGAGAAUCUCUUUCUUAAAAUUAUUGAACAAAACGAUGUGUGGAAUUCUCCUCUGUCUAUUACAGUUUAAGCAUUUCAUAGUUUAAGAUAUGUGGCGCCUCUGGGUGGGAAACAUUUUUCGAGAGGGGCAGAGUAGAAAGAUGGGAGGAAAGAAGACUGAUGAUUUUGAACAGUCGUGACCGAAGUAUUGGGGCGUUCGAGAGGUGGGCUGUGGAUGUGUUGGAGAGAGGGAGAGGAGGGGGAAUUGGGAUGGAAAAGACAGUGACAACGAACACAUGCAGGGCGGAGCAUCAGGAAUUCCAGUGUCCUGUCACGAAGUUGGUGGCAGCCGGCGCGAUCUAUAUUCUUCUGAAUCCGCACAACAGUGCAAGGACGGGGAGCGACGAAGCAGGAAAAGAGGUGGAGACGGGCAGAGGAGGAGAAGUCCCGCGACGGCCGCAUUUGCAUAAUAGCUCCGAGGCGAUCAGAGCGGCCGAGCAAGCCAGCCGGAGCACCAGCCUGCAGCCAUUGACCUGAACUGGUUGGAAUGUGGCUUAAUAUGUCCAAUAAUGAGGGCCUGUGAAAUUAAUAUAAUAAAAUUGAGGAGGCAGUGAGGAAGAGGAGGAGCAGUACGCGGAGAGACGUGGUGGUGGGAGGAGAAGAGGGGAGGGGGCGGAAAAGGCAGAAAGACGUGGAAGAGUGGGGGUAUAGCCCAGUCGUGCACUCGAGGAGCUGCAACAGCGGUCAAGCGGUAGUGUGCCGUCAGGGCCUAACGCUCCUGGAAUCUUUCACAAUUACAGCCUCCAUAGGCUUCGACAUUCGGUGCACAUCUUUUCUCAGAUUAUCGUCCUCCUAAAAUUAUACAGACGAACUGAAUUGUCAUCUUACUGCUCACCUUAUCCGUUCUCGUUACUCUUUCUUUUCUUAUUAAUUUCCACCUCAGUUCAUGGACUUGUAGCUUUGUUGCACCACAAGCUCUUCUUUUUUCUUGCUCCACAUUUAAUUACUCCCUUACAACAUGUACCAUUCUUCUGUUCAUCUGUGAUAUUGUUGUCAUAUUACUGUACAUAUGAAAUGUUUAUUUAUUUUUUCUACAUGUCUUAUUUGGUUACUCAUAGUGUUGGUUGGCUCCUUUCAUUCUAUUCAAAAAUUCUGUCUUUGUCACUAGUUUCCUCUUGUGAUUUUCAUCUACAUGUUAAAUAUCAGACUUCACGUUCUGUUACAAAAUACAACUUUUUGUUUGUUUGUUUUGGAAGUCCAUCUUUUUGCCCUUAGUUGGUUUGUCCAUUAUUGUUUAAGUCACUAUAGUUUAAAAUUAGUCUCAUGACUUGGUGGCGUCACAGCUGCAUACAUUUAUACUGUGCAGCUGCACGUUAUAUCUGCAUCAUUAUUUUGGAAAGAACGACACUUCAAAUGUACUGUAGACGCCAGUGAUAGUUCAGAUCCUUGUUUUGAACAUGAUUUAUCUUCCAGCACAAUCACAACCAAUUUAAAUACGAAGUUACUAAUUAUGACCAUCAAGUAACAACUUCAGGUCAUAAUACACACCAGCCACUGAGGAACCAUCAUUGUCAACGACAAGCAUUAUGAUUUUCACCAUGAGCAAUCUUUCUAAAAUGAAUACCAUAUUAAAACUUAGGAAACUUCUGAAGCUGACUAUCGAAUUAACAUAAUGACAAAUUUCGCAUUUUAAGCCCAAACGGAGAUACUUUACGACUAAACUCCAUAAACAGGCAGCUUAACUUAAGUGAGAACUGGAAGUCGAUCAGGAGAAUGUUGUUCGUAACAGAACUGAAAAAUGUUUUUAACACCACACUUCCCUACACUCAUAUCUGGUAAGAGAAAGCCAUUUUACCAACGACGCCGUCAACUCGAAAGAUACUCCAGCACAGGUAUCUUAGAAGUCAGGUAAAACUGAAAAAUCAGCAAACAAAUUGAUACUAGUUAGGAGAAUAAAGCUAUUAGCCACCUCACUGUGCAAUUCACAGCCCGAUUUUCACAUGGAUAAACUCGAAUAUUUCUGUUACUACGAUGAUCGUAAUACUGACUGAUCUAUCUUACCGCUCUUAUGAACAGAUGAAAGUAUUCACAUGUAUAAGAUUCAGCUUGACAAAUCUAGCUGACUCUGUUUUCUGGGGGAAAAACAAAAGGACAAAUGAAAGCAAAUUUUCUGCGCAAGGUACCAAUGUUAUUUAUUCCGAAUUAAUAACUAACAUUUUUAUCUUAGUAGGCUGUUAGAGAUAUAAUCUAAUUUACAAUUACAGUUGUAAUUUACAUAGUUUAUUUGUUCAUCAUGCUAAAGAGUCCCUGAUAUUAUUUAAACGAAUAAAAUUUUAAUUGCAACAUAAGCUUACAAUUGUUUUCUGUAUUUAAUUGGUGAUGCUAUAGAUUAUGAAAAGUUUUGAACUGAAUUCGUAAUGAAACGAUAUAGUGAAAAAACUUCUACAUUGUGAUAAUGAUUGUUUAGUAGUAGUUUAUUAUAUAGGUGAACCCAAUUCAAAAUCUGAUCUGCAGAAACUGUCUUAUUAAUUAUAUUUUUUGUAACUGACAAUUUCUUCAGAUCGAUAAGGGUUUGAAGACUGCUGUUGAUAUGUGUUUUACUAACACCUUUGGGUUUUGGUGAAGUGAUACUGUCUUAAGAAAUCAUUCUCUCAUUUGAUGACUUUUGGUACCAUAAUAUAUACUGCAAUAAGCUAAUUUCUGCGAAAAGAUACAGAAAAACUGAAGAGUUACAACACAUCUUUAAAGUUAACUAUAUGUUACAAAAACUGGUCCAUGGUUCUUCUGAAGCUAUAAAUCCAGAUAAGUAAUCGUAUUUACAAUGCUUCAAUCAAAAUAGCAUUAAGAUGAUGUUAAUAUUUAUCUUCAAAAUAGGCAUAUGAUUCUUGUAUUUUAAUUAGAUUUCCAUGAAAUCUUUUGUGAGUUUCAACUUCAUGUCCAAAAACAAAUUCCCACUGAUCGAUUUUAACUUUGAAAUAUUUCUAAACAACAAUUACAGAUCUGUACAUCUUCUUUUUAAUUUAAACCAUAAUUUUUCAAAACCUGUAACUGUAUUCAAUCAUAUAUUAUGUUUUAAAUAUUUAUUUCAUGUAAAUUAAUAUCUUAAUUGCUAAAUUAAAUAUAAAAGUGUUAUUAUAAUUAAUAUAUGUGUGUGCCACUUCUUGUAUUUAGUUUCAAUGGAGUUAACUCCUAGAAUAUGUUGACUGAACUGUGUGUAAUUCUUUAUGUAGGGGACAUGAGUGAGACAAGAAGUCUGUUUUGCAACAAGAAGUUGAUGUCCCAGCAAAUCUGUGAUAGGGUUAUUGAUUAUUGCAUAAUGUUUUAUGUGAAUGGUUUUUCAUAUGUAAAUGUGUUUUUGAUGUAAAUAGUGCCAUAAACUUAACAUGAUUUCAGCUUCAUUAUAGAGGAACUGCACUCUUAUAUAAUAAUGACAUACUGUCACUACAAGUAAUAUUGAUAAAGAGCAGAUGGUGGUGGUUACAGCAACAACAAGGUGAUAAGUUAUCAUUGUACUCAGCUCAAUUCAUAGGACCCCAAACUGUGGGCGUGCACCAUUGUAAUAUAUGCUUGCUAAAAGAGACAGCACCUUUGUAUAACUAAUCUGAAGGAAAUAAAGUCAAUAAAACAAAUGAAA